GAUGGAGGAGAAGAGGACAAUAGAAUUACAAUAGCCGUGAUUUUAAAUUAUUUUUAGUUGUAGUAUAGUAUUAAAACAAAGUUUAGGAAGGGAACUUGGCGUGAAAGCAUCCAAUCCCUACGAUAGAAUGAGUCCGAUGCCUAAGAAUUCAGAACCUUAUGAGCGCAUUGAGGGCAACGAUGGGAGCUCAACAUCGGCCAGUGCUCACAGCAGUGAUUCGAUUGAAACCAAGCACGCCCGUGUGUCCACGCAUGCUACUAGCAUCGGGCAUGCUCGGGGUCCGGACGUCUUCUUGCAGUAUCGCCGCUCUUUUUUGACGUCUUUUUUUGGUUCCAAUGAACCGGAGCGGUAUUUAGAUGGUCAGCAAAAGGUGCAUCCUUGCAAGAUCUUCUCGAAAGAAGUUCACAAAUGCCUAAAUGGAAAUGGGAACAAUUAUUUCAUGUGCCAGUCUCGUGUCGCGGCACUUCAGAAAUGUAUGAACGAGUUUAAAAUUUAAGCAAGAUCAGUAUAUAGUAUUCUAUUAUAGUUAAUAUUUGUAAUUUCAUUCCUACCUUUUUCAUUUAUGCCGAUACGCGAGUGUGUAGCGGGAAGUGUGCGUCACCAGUUCGAUAAGUUUUUGGUAAACAGGAGCGAGAUAAAAAUUCUUAGUAUUGACGGUGUUAUUGUCUUUUUUACACUUUAACGUUUUGCACAGCAACUUAUUUUUGAUUUUGACUGAAUUCAACCCAUUUUGUAGCUUGUAGCUUUCUUUGUAUUGUAGGAUCGUGUAGUUGUAUAUACUCGUUCUAUACCUUUGUAGUAACUAGGAUAGAGGAAGACUAGUGCUGAGUCUGGGAUACAGGAGGGAUACUUGAGAGUUAUUCAGAAUUUUGGAUUGCCUUGUCGUGUUGGUGGCGAUCCAUUUUUUACAUCUGACUUCUGAUCCAUUAUUUGGCUGUUUUAUUGCAUGGAUAUCCAAAA